CCUAAUGUAAAUCUAUCGGUGACUGUCUGUACAUGCCACCACCCCACAGACAAUGCUUAGCACAGUUAUGGUUAGAUUAAUACACUAAUUUAAAACUAUUAGGAAAUAGAGAGUGACGCAGUAAUGUGGGAAAACAAGGGGCUUCGGCAGAGAGCGGUGCAGAGGUGAGUGGGGGUAGUUUGUGGGUGGAGAGCUGAGGAACAAGCCCAGGUUUAUAUACUGAUAUUAUUUCAAUCUCUGAGGCCGGGUCCAAUGUAAGCAGCUCAGAAGCGCUGACCAUCACUUCAAUCACAGCCGAAUCAAUCCCUGCUCUGUUUCAGUCUCCCUUUAGAUGUUUCACUAGUUCGAUAAACUACUUAAUGAUAAACUUUAUUAAGUACAAAGAUCCCAUUCAUGGGAAGAAGAGCUGUCAUGCACUCAAGAUUUAGAUAAAGCUGGUUUUCGACAUAAUUUUUACAGUUAUUAGUUGUAGGCUGUUUGCACAGUACAGUAAAACAGUGAUGGCUUCACAAAUGGCUGUUACACAUACACACUGAGAACACACACCCCUGCUUUGACAUAACAAAUAUGAUCAAUCAGCAAAGGUGUGAAGCCAUCUGGGGGUUUGUGAAGUGAGCCUGUAUGAGCAGGUGUAUUUUCUCAGGUGUUGUGUAGUCUAAACUGCUGAGAGGACGUCUCCGGCUCAGUGGUGUGAGGGUGGUCCAUGGUACAGGAGGAUGUAGAGCCGAGAUGAAGCCGUUUCCUGCAGGCUGCCGCCAGACGGAGGCACUGAAGGUCUUUCCUUCAGAACCCACUCAGUGAUCAUUUCAAAUCUGAUGGAGGGAUCUCUAAUACAGAGAUAACACAAUCCAAGCCAUUACUCCGGAGAGACCUGGCAACAACUGAAGAAGAAAUAUAGAGGAAGGAGUUUUAUAAUUUAUAGUACCAUACAUACAGAUCAUCCAAAGGCAAUAGCAGCUCUGGCAACCGCUGUUGGCUCAAAAUGCUAUUUACAAUAGGACUUCUCCUCCUCCUCACCCCAUUCCCUUCAUUUCAAGCCACAACCAGUUUGAAAAGAGACUCUGCAGGAAGCGAUGUGAGGAAGGGUGACGCUGCCCUCACACAUUCAAAACCAAAACCCGCUGCUGUGCUCAACAAGCACGCUGUUCGUUCUGCUCCGAAGCCAAACGCCGUCAAUCUGACGGUUUUAUCUGCUCCAGCCAUCAACCAAAAACCGUCAGCAGUCAGCGCUACGCUGACGGCCAAAAGCAAACUCGGCCCGGCAGUAAUUCAAACCACUCCGUCGCCAGCAGUGAAAGCCACUACAUCCAGUAGCUCCGCCACCAUCAAAGACAAGCCCACAGGCCCUGUCAAUCGGACUGCUGAGACCAAACCCCUCUCCACCAGUGAUGUGAAGAACAAACCUGCCUCCAGUAGAGUUCAAACUCUUCUGUCAACACCAGCAAAGGCUGUUAAAGCAAUUAGUGCAGCGGAUAACAAGAAUAAGCUCACAGUGUCUGCCAGUGAGACCACUGUAACCAAGGCCCAGUCAAGCAGCUCUAGAACUAGGCCUCACCCUUUGGUUGAUCAGAAUGCUUCAGCAAAAUCACCCUCAGGCCCUGACGUGACAGAUAGCAAAGACAAGCCUGCACCCACGGGAGCAUCAGAUGCUCAGCCAACACCCACAAAGACUCUGUCAGUGAGUGGGGUCACAGCUACUAAAGAAAAACACCAGCUGCGGGCCAAUGAGACCAUUUCAGGGACAUCACAUUCAGUUAGUGAAGUGAAGCCCAGCAAAGACAGGUCGGCACCAACAGGUGUUUCAGAUGUUCAAUCAACACCCACAAAGUCUGCUUCAGCAAGAGUGGAUAAGGGCAUUAAAGAAAAAGUCCAACCUUCAGCCAGUGAGAAAGAGAUGCCAGAUGUUCAAUCACCUACAAAGUCAGUUACAGCCAAUGGUUCCAAAAUUACCAAAGAGAAAUCUACUGAGACUAGUUCAAGUAAAUUACCUUCAGGCAGUGAAGUGAUAUCUGUACCGACAGGAGUUCCAGAUGUUCCAUCAACAUCCAACAGGUCUACUUCCAAGACUGGUAAAGGUAAAGUCCAUCCUUCAAUCAAUGAGACAUCCACAGGAGCUGCAGGUGUUCAAUCAAAUCAAACACCCACAAAGUCAGUUACAGCCAACAAUUCCAAAAUUACCAAAGACAAAUCUUCUGAGACUAGUUCAAGUAAAUCACCUUCAGGCAGUGAAGUGAAAUCUGUACCGACAGGAGUUCCAGAUGUUCCAUCAACAUCCACCAGGUCUCCUUCCAUGACAGUUUCUCCCCCACCCUCAUCCGGUGAUGUUAAACCUAGCAAAAACAAGCCUAAAUCAACAGCAGCUACAAAUCCGCCUCAGUCUGGUUCAGGGAACUCACCCUCAGGCAGUGAAGCCACACCAAAACCAAAGAAGCCUGCACCAUCUAGAGCUCCAGAUGUUCAAUCAACAUCUGCAACGGCAGCUCCAGCCAGCGGCAAGAAUGUCACUGAUUUAUCAACACCUGUAAAACCCUCAGUCAAUGACACCAAACCACCAGCCACAACUAAAGAAAGCUCGGCUCCUUCCCAACCCAUUAAAGUCGUGAUCAGUAACGACUGCAACUCGGGCAACACCAAGCAGCAGGAGCUGGAGCUGCAGCCUGGUUCUCCUCUGGUCAUGACACAUAAGAUUAGCUUGUUACCCAGCGGCUGCACCGGGGAGUGUGAGUCUGAGAUGGCAGCGCUGACACGACGAGUGACUCGGCUCGAGAGAGAGAUGUCCCUCCUAAAAGACAAAUGUUCAUGUUCUGGAAGCUGUUCGGAUAGCUGUAGUGGCAACAGGAAAUGUGAGAAGGGGAAAUGUGUCUGCCGUCAGGGAUACGAGGGCCCAGACUGCAGAAAAACUCAAGAUGGUGGUAGCCAAAGCGGACCUAGUAUACAGGAAGACGAACCUCAGUCUAAUGUAACAACAACGACCCCACCAUCUGGACAGAACACAGAUACUGGCAAGGUUCCAACACAAGGAUCUGGAUUAGGCUCAGUGAAAGUUCAAAACGUCUCCUCUCAUAGUUUUACUCUGACUUGGUUGGCACCGAAGGGAAUGUUCAAGAACUUCACUGUGGUCAGAACAGAGCUAGAGGGGGAUGAUGACGAGCAUGUGGGGGUUAGUGAGCAAGGACAUCAGCCUUCCAGAGCUAAGAACUCAACUGAGGUACCGGUGAAGACAGAAGGCACCAAACCCGUUGUGUCUAGAGGUAAAUCUGAAACCAGGACUUCUUUCGUGGUUCCUGGCAGUGUUCGAUCUGUGGGGUUUGUUGAUCUUAAAGCAAACACGCGCCACAGCCUGCAGAUAUACGGGACUAGUGCUGAGAAAAGGUCAAAGAUUCACAGAGUAACUGCAGUCACAAGUAAGUUAAGUCAUUUCUAUGUAUUUCCUCCACUGAAAAUGUCAGUGACACUCACUUCCUCCUCACCAGGCCCAGCGGCUGUUACUCACAUUGUUUUUAGCAACGUAUCCGAGACCUCUCUCACUGUGUCCUGGACCAAACCAAAGUGGACUCCCACAGGCUUCAAGGUCACGUACACCAACGCUGCCACAGGCAAGAGCCACUUUGUGACCGUGGGUCCUCGGCAGUCUCACACGGUUCUGUCCAAGCUGUCUGCUGGAUCAACCUACUCGGUCUCCGUCACUGCUACUCUAGGCAGAACCCAGAGCGACGCCCUCACCUCUGCUAUAACCACAGUGCCCGCCCCUCCAACUCAUCUGCAGGUGGUCAAUGUGACAGACAACAGAGCUGUGCUGCAAUGGACACCCAGCCCGGGCAAAGUAGACCGCUUCAUUGUUACCUACGAUUCCUCCAUGACUCCUAAUGUGACCGUGACGGUGAUGCUCUCUGGAAGCUCAGUGGAGCAGCACCUGAGGGGUCUGCAGAGAGGCACCGUGUACACGGUCAGAGUCCUGAGCCAGAAGGGCAGCCUCCAGAGCACGGCGGUCUCCACUACGUUCACCACGGCCAACGUGGCUAAAGCCAGCGAGGUGGGUCCUCGCUCCGCAGUCAUAACAUGGAGAACCCCCACUGUCGCUUACCACAGCUACAGAGUGAUCUACCAGGCAGCAGGAGGGGAGAAGAAGGAGGUGACCCUGGAGUCGGCCGUCACAGAGUACAAGCUAACAGGCCUCCUGCCCAUGUCACGCUACGCAGUACUGGUGCAAGGCGAGAGGGAAGGACAUUACACGUCACUGGUCACCGCAGACUUCACCACAGGCAAGUUGCGCUUCCCUUUCCCUACCGAGUGCUCUCAGGAGCUGCUGAACGGGGCCCUGCAGUCCGGUGAGGUGGAAAUCUACCCGCAAGGAAAGGAGGGCCCCGCCGUCAGAGUCUACUGCGACAUGGAGACUGAUGGAGGCGGCUGGACGGUUUUCCAGAGGAGGAUGAACGGGAAGACAGACUUCUACAGGAACUGGAGUGACUACAGGGCCGGGUUCGGAAACCUCAGUGACGAGUUCUGGCUCGGAAACGACCUGCUUCGCAAUCUGACAAGUGUCGGGCCCGUGAGUCUCAGAGUGGAUAUGAGAUCUGGAAAUGACACCGUUUACGCUCACUACGCCAACUUCUCCAUCGAGACAGAGAAGAAGCACUAUACCCUCACAGUGUCUGGCUUCUCUGGAACAGCAGGUGACUCUAUGAAGUACCACAAUGGCCGCCCAUUCUCCACCUGGGACAAGGACCCUCAGUCUCUCGGCAUCCACUGUGCCAAAGCCUACACAGGAGGCUGGUGGUACAAGAACUGCUACAAGGCCAACCUCAACGGUCGUUAUGGUGCCAACAGCAAUAAUCAGGGAAUAGUCUGGAUAGACUGGAAAGGCAAAGACGUCUCUAUUCCUUUCACUGAGAUGAAGUUCAGACCGUCUGCGUUCUCCCCUGCAGCUCUUGGCUAAAGCCCACCGUCUUAUGGGCUAUUCCACACGUCACGCUCCAUGUGAGGUUGCAUGUACAGUGGUUUUUCAAGCUACGAACAACAACCCAAUGAUACAACUGUCUUUCUCUGAGCUGUACUUGAGGUAAAGGUUUCAAGGUUUCUCAUUGUCAUUUUAAUCUGAAACAGUCGUGUAGAGUGAAACUACGUCCCUGUAGGAUCACAGGGCUACAACGAUGACAGACAUAAAACACAAGACACCACAUUAACCCCAAACCCCAAAACAGCGACAAAAGAAUGAAGAAAUGUUUAUUGUUUAUGUCGUGGUGUUCUUCCUGACUGCUUCCUGUUCACCAUGAUUUGCCACCUGACUACUACUGUAAUGAAAUAUGAAAUAUGCACUGCCUCACCCCAACUGGAAUAAAUGUGGCUAAUGUGG